AUGGUGCGAUGGAAGAGGGCUUCGUCGAAUAUGAAAACAACUCAAAAUAUUGCCGGGGAGAAGUAUUACCGUGAGGCUCGCCAAAAAUUACUGCAGUGCUACUCAAUCAGGCUUACCGGUGGUAGCUGGAUACCCGUAGGCAGCAUAUUCAAAUGCUCUGACUGCUUCUUACUCAAGUUUGCCACCAGCAGUUGCUCAAUGCUUGGCACAACCUUAAAUUUCUUAUCCCCAUAUGCUGUCAUGAAUGAUACUUCAACUUCAUCUUACUCGAGUCUGGCUCCACCAGCUGCUUCCUACUCGGCCCAACCUCAAAUUUCUUAUUCCCAAUAUGCUUUUAUGGAUGAUACUUCGACUGCAAUUAAUCUGCAACAUGGUUUUAUGAAUUUUACUCCAAAUGCAUCUUGCUCAAGUCUGCCUGCAAGAGCAACUCCAUACUCCACUCAACCUCAAAUUUCUUAUCCCAACUAUACUGACCCGCCGGACUUAAAGCUGCUUGAGUGGAGUAGCUCGAAACAGCCUGACACCACCACCACCACCACCAUCAUAGCUCGCUUCAUGCCGUUCCUCGUUCUACUCCGACAAACACCGCCUCGUGGUGGUGAUGGUGGCCAAGUAGCGCAUGAGAUCUGUCGGCACAGGCCACCGCUGCGCGAAGUAGAUCUGCAAGAAACACCAUGGUUUUUGUUACUGUCGUGGGAUGUUGACUGUUAUUGGCUGUGGUUAACUGCCGGGUCAUACCACAUUGUAGAGAACCUUAGGUUUUAUGGAACCAGUAAGGUUUUUAAAUCACAGAAGGGUAAAAUUAUCGAUAAUACGUUGCAAAUACCACGAGCGGUUAGACAAGAAGCCCAAGCUGCUUUAUUAGAUUAUUUGCAUUCCACCAGGAGUUUGCAGUUCAUGGAUGCUGAGAAUAUGAGUAGAAAUUCACCAUUUUUUCUUGGAAAGUUGUUAAAAAGACUUGACAACAGUGAAACAGACGUUGGGCGGUCUGUAACGCGGUUGUUGAGGUACCAUCCCAUUAAUGAGUUUGAGCCAUUCUUUGAAAGCAUAGGUUUGAAACCUUCAGAGUAUUCUCCGUUUCUUCCGCAGAAUUUGAUGUUCUUGAAUGAUGAUCAAUUGCUGUUGGAGAACUACUAUGUUUUUUGCAAUUAUGGCAUAGAACGAAGUAAAGUAGGAAAGAUAUAUAAGGAAGCACCGGAGGUUUUUAAGUAUGAUUGUGGCGUUUUGCAAUCUAAGCUACAAUCUUUUGAAAAAUUAGGUUUAAAUCAGUCUAUUAUUAUUAAGGUUAUUGCUUCAUGUCCUUAUCUUUUGUGUGGAGAUAUUAGCCGGGAAUUCAUUGAGGUUCUGAGAAAGUUGAAGAAUACAGGGGUUGAUUAUAAAUGGCUGGAGGAGCACAUGCUUGAAGGCAAUUCUUACAGUUGGAACCGUAUGCUUGAGAUUUUAUGCAUAUUAAGUGAUAUGGGCUGCAAUGAGGAGCAAUUGGGAGCAUUGAUUACUCGGCAUCCUGAGCUUUUGCUUGAGAGAUCAGGACACUUGACCUAUUUUUUGAUUGGGUUCUUGCUGAAAUUUGGAUACACACGGAACGAGUUAAGUACUAUGUUUCUGCAGCUCCCUAUAAUAUCAGCUGAAAACUUCGCUACUAAUUUGUUGCACUCCUAUCAUUUUCUGGUUGAAAUUGAAAUGACUGUUCAAGAUAUUGGGAGGAUUGUUCGUUCCCAUCCUGUACUACUGGGUUCAUGUUAUCUCAAGAAAGUUAAUAGCUUACUGGCUAACUUGAACACUGGAAAGAAACGGCUCUGUCAUAUGAUCACGGAAGACCCGAAUGUGCUAAAGAAUUGGGUCCUUGGAGUUCGAGUCAAACGGCUGCUGCCAGAUACAAACAAGACCAUAAGAGCACGAAUGAUGAAAACUGAGUUCUUGUUAAGCCUGGGCUUUAUGGAGAAGUCAAAUGAAAUGGAACAAGCUCUCAAAGUGUUUCGAGGCAAAGGCGUUGAACUUCAAGAGAGAUUUGAUUGUUUAGUAAAUGCUGGUUUGAAACGUGAGGAAGUCAUAAAGAUGCUCAAAUCAUCUCCUCACAUUCUUAACCAAUCCAAGGAUGUAAUUGAAUCGAAAAUUGAUUAUCUUGUAAAUGAAUUGGGCUACCCAGUGUCCUCUUUGAUACCUUUUCCAUCAUAUAUCUCUUAUACAAUUGAGAGGGUGAAGCUUAGACUUUCAUUGUACAAAUGGCUCGUAGAUGAAAAAGCAGCAGAUAAAAAUUUGGCCUUGAGCACUCUCUUAGCAUGUUCAGAGAAAAAAUUUGUGAGGACUUAUGUAAAUUCUCAUCCUAGAGGACCUGAAGUCUGGGAAAAGUUGAGAAAAGAUAUGUAA